AUGAACAACUUCGGCGUCUACGAACUCGCCAGCGCGAAACGCACCUCCGCCCCGGGAUGGGCCUACGUCCCCGACACGGGCGUCAACCCGGCCGCUGCCGCCCUCCAGCCCGCGAACCGGAAACGCGCCGCGCGCAACAAGGCCAACCCCUCCGCCUCGGACCUGAGCGUCAGGCAGGAGGCCAAGAUCCGGAAGGAGCUCGAGGCGCUCGACAAGGACUGCGGCCGGGACGCGUCGAUCCCCGUACCGGCCAAGGGCGGUAGAGCCCAGACGAAAAGCACCCCCAACGUCCGCAAAAUCCUCCAGUCCCAAAAGACGUUCCACAACCACCUCGACGACCACCUCGCGCUCCUCUCCCACGCCGAGAACGCGCCCGCCCCGCACCCGAACCAGCACACCAAGCGCAACGCGGCGGCGAAGCGCUCCAAGACCUCGACGCCGAAGCCCUCUGCCGCGGCGGAGCUCGAGGACGUCGAGAUGACGCCCGCGCCGCCCCCCGCCGAAGAAGACUCCGCGGAGGCCCCCGCACCCGUGCUGGCCCCGUACGACAAGCCCCCGCCGCCCGCGCACCCGGGCGACGACGACCCGCUGCUAGCGUCCAGGGUGCCGGAGCCGCCGACUGACGAGGAGCUGCGGUGGCUGCUGCGGCAGCCGAUGCUGAGCUUCUGGGACGCGAGGGCCGAGUGGGCCGACGAGGACACGAGGUACCCGACGCGGACGUUCUGCGAGGUGUGCGGGUACUGGGGCCGGGUCAAGUGUAUGAAGUGCGGGACGAGGGUCUGCGCGCUGGAUUGUCUGGAGACGCAUCGCGAGGAGUGCGCAACGAGAUACGGCUAUUGA